AACCAGACACCAUCCAACAGCUACCCGAAUUUGCAGGAACAGCAAGAUCAGGAUGACAUACUACAAAUGUUAAGUUAUGUGGGUAUGUAAUAAUUACGGCUCCUUACUCUAUUUCUUUUCCCUCCACCCUCCGCCGCCUAUUCUCGAUCCUGCACUCCCACUCUUUGCCUUCUUAUUGUAUAAAUGAUCCACACAAGUGUAUAAUUUGCGAAACCCCCUCACCCCACCUCCAAAUACAUAAUUUUUUUUUCAUACAAUUCCCCGGUCUGCCAGAGUUGAUUGUUUUUCCGCCCAUUUUGCAAUCCCUAAUGUGACUGUUAGCCCGUUGUACCAUCUUACUGCCUGUCUUCUCUGUACCAUGUCAAUACCAAGUGUCGCCCCUGUGAUUCGAUCCUUUGUCAAUGGGUUAAUUAACAGUAACAAAGUCAUGAUGUUCAGCAAAGAAACCUGCCCAUUUUGCAUGAGAGCAAAGGAUCUUCUCGAUGACCUUGACGUACCCUAUAAAGCAUAUGAAUUUCGCUUUGAUAGGGAAGACAGAAUUGUGGAAAAUCAUGAAAUCCGUAGAUACUUGACUGAGAUUACUAAUCAGACGACUGUACCCAAUAUAUUCAUUAAUGGAAGUCAUCUUGGUGGAUCCUCGGAUUUACUAGAUGCCAAUAGCAGUGGUAAAUUACAAAAAAUGCUAGAUACCAAAAAUCCAAAAUGGGUAGAUCCAGCAACUGUGAAGCCCAUACCGGUAGGAUGGUCAGAUAUUGACGGCAAAGAUAAAUAAAAGAGUUAGAACCAAUCGCUGGGUGAUUUGUG